UGCUGCUGCAAGCAUCCCAGAGAAAAACUGUGUGCCAGUCAUAGCCGGUGUAUAUGCGAGUUGGUCUUUAUCCAGACAAUUUUUUUAUUAUUGCAAAAACCACCACCACCAUGGAGAAACGAAUUGAAUUGGAAAAAAGAGGAAGGAAUCCCGAUCAGAUCACAGAAUUGAACCUGGAUAACUGUAGGAGUACAACCAUUGUUGGUUUGACAGAUGAGUUUGUGGGUCUUGAAGCUCUCAGUCUCAUCAAUGUGGGUCUCACUAGCCUAAAAGGAUUCCCCAAGCUUCCGAACUUAAGAAGGCUGGAAUUGAGUGACAACAGGAUCUCAGGUGGCUUGAAUGCUCUUAGCAGCAGCACAAAACUAACAUCACUUAACCUCAGUGGUAACAAAAUCAAAGAUCUAGACACUCUGGAGCCACUCAAAGAGUUUAAGAUGCUACGAUCAUUAGACUUGUUCAACUGUGACGUCACAACCAGAGAAGACUACAGGGAGAAAGUAUUCCAGUUUCUGCCGUCAUUAAAGUACCUUGAUGGAUAUGACUGUGAUGACCGAGAGGCUGAAGAUGAUGAACUCAAUGGCAAUGAUGAAGAUGAGGAAAGCGGUGAGGAAGCACCUGAUAAUGAAGAAGAUGAAGGAGUAGAAGAUGAAGGUGGUGAUGAAGGUGAAGAAGAAGACGAAGGAGAGGAGGUUGUGGGCUUGGAUGCUAUUUACAAAGACAACUUGGAUGAGGAAAGCGAAGGUGAAGAUUAUGAAGGGGCAGGAGAUGACAGUGACGAAGAUUUAGACGAGGAAGAGGAUGAUGGGGAAGAAGUAGAAGAAGAAGAAUCGCCAGCGCGAGGGAAAAAGCGAAAAAUGGAGGACUGAUCCGUUAAGAUAGUCCGCCCAACCUUUCUAUUUCAUUGCUGAGAAUUUUGAGAAAAAAAAGUGUUAUACGAUACAAAAAGAAAAAAAAAACAAAAGAAAAAAAAAUCAACAGGAAAAAGAAAAUGCCACGAACAGUUUGUUUGAAUGUAUCCACCCUUCGAUUGACUACUAAUGCUGGACUUGCAGAGGUUUAUGUGUAGAGAGACUGGCAUGUCGAAUCCACUCGGGAGGUUAAUCUACGAUCGUGAUGCAGUACAAUUAAGCGUCCUUAUUCUCAUGUUGUGUACACUGUAAGGAUUGAGCUUUCCUCUAUCUCCCUUCCUUCUUGACCCUUUCCCACGUCUUUUUAUUCCAGGAUUUUUUUUUAUUUUUGAUAAUGCGGAAAUGCUGCUGUUGCCAUUGUUCACGUUAUUUUCUGAAAGAAAAGCGCGCCACCUCCACUCUUUCCUCCCAAAUUAAGCUAAAAAAAACUUCUUGAGUUUCACCCUGUUCACCACACACCACCCACCUCUUAUAUCCUCCAAUUGCGUUGUCUUAUUGGAAUGUGUCUUCGAGAAUGGUAAUUCAAACUUUAUGAUGAAAAUGACUAGAUGAUGAACGUUUUUCUUCUGUUUCGGCAACCGAAAGUGUGGAGCAUUUUCAAUACAUGUUUUCCCAUUUACGAGUGGAAAAUCCA